GCAAGCGGUGACACCUGAGAUCACGUGACACGGAAGCGGGGCCAAACAUUCGAACAUGAGGAAUAGUGUGUAACAGGAAAGUACAAUGGGUGACAAAAUGAAAAGUUUGCUGCUCCUUGUGGCAACCGUAACAAGUUGUGUCAACGGACAAAUGGACAUUUUUGAGGAGUCUGUGUAUGAAUAUCAAGACUGUCGGGGUCAGUACCAACAACCUCUAGGUGUUGCCUCAAGAGCCAUUCCUAAUUCAGCAAUGACAGCCAGUUCUUACUUCGUAAAGCGAGAGCCCUACAUGGCCCGUCUGUAUGACCCUGCAAGUGCCUGGACACCAAAGAUACAGAAUGCAUACGAAUGGCUACAGAUUGAUCUUGGCAGACAGUAUAUUGUGACCAAACUUCACACCCAGGGUCGUCGUGGUAGUGAUGAAUAUGUCAGUGAAUUUUUCUUGGAAUAUUCUGAUGAUGGAAGGACGUGGCGGCAGUAUACAAACAGAUUUGGCAUUGCUGAGAUGUUUGUUGGAAAUGACAAUGACAGCGAUGAAAAGAGGAUCACGCUUAUUUACCCUAUCAUUGCCCGUUACGUACGCUUCAAUCCACAACGCUGGAACAUGGUUAUUUCUUUGAGGGUUGAUGUCACUGGUUGUCCAUACCAGCCUGUAACGUCAUCCUUUGCUGGUGCUGGAUACAUCGAGUAUGAUCUGAGCCAGCAAGAAAUUCAGACUGUGGAGGACCUUUUGGAAUUAAGAUUCAAGACAAACUUCCCUCAUGGUGUUAUGUUCUAUGCUAGUGGCAAUCAGGGAGACUUCCUGGUUUUGCAGAUGAGCCGAGGCUACUUGAACGUCUCCAUAGACCUUGGUUCCACCCAGAAAGACAGUGGUGUUACAGAGGUCACUGCUGGUAGCUUGUUAGACGAUGAUCAGUGGCAUGAUGUUAUCAUAAGGCGAGACCACCGCAAGCUGAAAAUUGUUGUUGAUAGGCUGGUUAAUGAAGUCGAGACCAAUGGACUUUUUUACCGUCUGGAUUUGGAUAAGUUUAUUGAUGUCGGAGGUGUUCAGCAUUUCAUGCAGGAUGGUAUCAAAGUCAAAUAUAACUUCAAUGGAUGCAUUCAGAACGUAAACUUCAAUGGAGGGAAACUUUUGGCAGAUUCACAGGCCACUACCCUAAAUCCCUCCAUCAAGAUCUACAAUGAAGUGGGCACCUACUGUGGGACGUCAGCUGCUACUCCGAUCACAUUUCCCAGUCUGGCGUCAUAUAUCCAGUUUACAGCAACCUCUUCCACAGGCAUUCAAGCGCAGAUGGAGUUUCGAACACACGACAGAGAUGGGCUAUUGAUCUAUCACCCAAUGUCAACAGAUGGUUCUGGACUAAAAGUUAUAAUUGAUGAGAAUGGCUUCAUCUCCUACAGUAUUGUGUCUACUUCACAACAGCUCAUUGAAGAUGUAGUCAGAAACAAUGAUGUUACAAGAGCCUCCAACAGUUUUGCUGAUGGUCUAUGGCACACUUUGUACAUUGAGGUAACAAAGACCAAGGUCAACUGCACAGUUGAUCGUAAUGUAAAAGUGUCGGAUCGCUCUCUAGAUAUCAUACCCGGAACAACAUACUAUAUAGGUGGCCAUGAGCUGUUUAAUGGUUUUCGAGGUUGCAUGCGUAACAUUUAUGUUGCUGGGAGAAUUCAGGAUUUGGAUAAAGUGUUUGAAUCUGCUGCAGUAAAUAAGGGUGCAGAUGUUGGAACCUGUGCUAUUAGAGACAGAUGUACUCCCAAUCCAUGUGAACAUGGGGGAACGUGCACCCAGUCCUGGAAUACAUUCACCUGUGACUGCCAGGCCUCAGGCUACAAAGGAGAGAUGUGCCACAUCUCUGCUUACCAGGUGUCAUGCAUGAUGUUCAAACUGUACUCAGAUAUUGAAGGGCUUGAAACAGCCACUAUUGAUCCUGAUGGCUCAGGUCCUCUGGCGCCAUUCAAAGUGUCCUGUGAUAAAGAGGCAGAUACUGGUCAGAUCAUCACAUACGUUGGUCAUGACAGUCAGGACUGGGUCACAAUAGAUGGCUAUCAGGAUCCAGGCUCCUAUGUGCGGCUGAUUAAAUACAGCACAGAUGACAUGAAAGGCUUAGAGGAAGUUAUUGAACGAGCUGAUACAUGCCGUCAGUAUAUUGAGUACCAGUGCAACAAUUCAAAACUGUUGGCUCCUGUUGGUGGAGAUAAUGUGGACAAGUACGUGCGCAGCUAUGGGUGGUGGGUAGGUCGAACGUACCAGCCUAUGUACUAUUGGGGUGGUGCAGCACCAGGAUCAGGCAAGUGCAGCUGUGGUUUAGAGGAGAAGGGAUGUGUUGGAAGCAGCUCCACCUGCAACUGUGAUGCAGGCUUAAAUGAACAGAUGUCCGACAAAGGGUAUUUGGUGCAUAAGGAGUACUUACCAGUGAUGGAACUGCGCUUUGGUGACACUGGGACACUGACAGAUACCAAGGUGGCCAAACACAAGCUUGACCCACUAGAGUGCAGGGGCGACAAUCUGUUUGAUAACACAGUAACCUUUAACAUGCCUGAUGCCAAUCUGGAAUUUCCAACCUUUGAUGCCAAAAAUGCUGGAGACAUCUGGUUCCAGUUUAAAACCACAGCAACAGAUGGUGUUAUGGUGCACUGCAUUGGAGACACAGAUUUCAUUGAAAUUCGACUGUUCCAGUCGGACACUGUUCAGUUUCGAUACGAUGUAGGAAAUGGUGUGAGUGUGCUGCCAUUUAAGGCCCCGGCUCCUCUGAAUGAUGAUCAGUGGCACACGGUGCACAUGGAGAAAAACCGCAAACAGGCCUACCUGAAGAUUGAUGACUUCACAGAGGUGGUCAAUAACGAAGACUCUGAUCUCAUUCGUCUACUAGAUCUGAAAUCGCCGUUAUCUAUUGGUUCUCUUGUGGACUACAAUGAUGGUUAUGUGGGUUGCAUAAGAGGGCUUCGUGUCAAUGGCAUACUUAUGGACAUGGCAAGUAAACUGAGGGGCACAGAAGUCUAUGGUGUGAUUGAAGGAUGCAUUGGCAAAUGUGCCAGCAACCCCUGUUUCAAUGGUGGCACCUGUCGUGAAGGUUACUACAGAUACACAUGUGACUGCUCUUACACACCAUGGCGUGGGUGGAAUUGUGGCCGUGAGGUGGGAGUCAACCUGAAAACAAACUAUAUGGUGCGUUAUGAGUUUGAUGAGACACAGGGCCUUUCAGCCACCGACUUUCAGUAUGCCACAAUAGGAUUCUCCACGAAAAUGAAGCAAGGCAUAUUGAUGCAGAUCCGCAGUGUGGAGUAUCCAGACUACAUCUCAGUGGAGCUCAAUAACAAUGGUGGAGUAAAGGUGGUGUUUGAUGUUGGUUUUCAACGUGAAGAGGUGAAUACCCCAAACAUCAAUGUUGACUUUGCCAACACCCAGGUGCACGUUGCCACUAUCCGUCGCAGCGACAGAGGCCGUCGUGUAUUUGUGCAGGUUGACAACUACCCUCCAGUUGAUCACACCUUUCCUGUGUCAGAGCAGUCUGACACCAUAUUGGAUAAACCAAAGUACCUGUAUGUUGGAAACAAUGACACCAGCAACACCAACUCAGGAUUUGAGGGCUGCAUCUACAGAAUGCAGGUGGACAACAUCUUCCCACUGAAACGGGCCUUCCAGGAUCCGCAACCAAGCUACUUGAAAUUGAUGCCAGAGGGUGCUGUGAAAGAGGAUAUGUGUGGCUUUGAAGAGGUCACUGCCUCUCCGGAACCCAUCAAAACACGACCCAUUCGUGGUGAGCUGCAGAACGUCACAUAUCCCCAUGCCCCACCUCAGGAACUAUCCCAGGAGGAGAAAAUCAUUAUUGGAGUCUCUCUGUCGUUCUUCUUUGUCCUGGUCAUCAUCAUCCUCGUUUUCGUUUUCCGAUCAAGAUUUGAGGGAGGCGAUUAUGAAACAGAGGAAGCUAUUGGUGCUGAGUUUGCCGAUGAUGCUGAUACAGCAGUUGUUUUGAACCAGACAGGGUUGCCAAACAUGACUACCAAAUUUGAAUAUUUUAUGUGAAGUGGAGGAUAAAGCUUAUUUGGAUUUCACACCAUUAAAGAUUAUGCUUGUGCAUGUUAACGAAGAGAGUUGUGAAUUGUUGCUGAGUUUCAGGAACUCAUUGCCAUUCAUGUUUACCUGUGACUUCCUGCUUCAGAAUACAUUGUUCGUGUUGACAUUUCAUAGAAUGAUCUAACCACGACAUUUUGGAAAAGUGUGUAUAUUUAAAAUCAUGGUUCAGAGUGUUAUUUUUAAGAUCUAUAGAAAAUAUCAUUGAUAAUUAAAAAAAAUGCCUUUUGAGAAAUGUUUUUUAGCAAGCCAUUUAGAACCAACCAGUUUCACACACUAAUCUGUAGUAUUUUCAUUUGUAAUUACCAUUUUGCAGUUUUUUUCCCCAUUUUAUCAAAAUUUGUUAAUGGAAUGAUGUUAUUGUAUAGCAAUUUAUCCAGCUAUUACCCUUCAAGAGAAAAUCUGUUAUGAUAUUUGAUGUUUAUAACAGACAGUGGAAAUAGUCUUCUGUCUGUAUUCUUGUGUUUUGUAACACCACUUACAUUCCAUGUGUAAUUCUUGUGCUUUGUGUUGAAUGAUGUGCUGAGAUAAGAGAAGAAUGCAAUUUGCAGCAGAGAAAAUGUGUGCUAAUGAUAUUGCUUUGUAUGAAAUGUUUGUGAUUGUAGUAACAUUCAGGUUUUUCAUUUUAAUAUUCAGGACAAAGUGUACAAAGUUUUGAUGCGAUUGUUUUCAUUUUGGCCAGGCAGACAAGAAUAUGAAGGAAGUAUAAAUAAAUGACUAUAUUUCUAUGCAGAACAAAUUUUAGAUGUGAAUCUCGCAGUUAAAAACUCUUAACAGUAUGCAAAAUGAAAACAUAAAUUGAUGUAUUGUUUUUUUAAAAAAGUGAAGCAUCUCCUAAGGAACAUGGAUGUGAGCAAGCAAGAGUAUUGAUUGGUAGCCAUUGCUAUUGACAUCUGCUCAAAUUUCAUUGGUGGAUGAUGAGAAAAGAUACUUAUUUUCAUCAUGAUCGGAUCAUCGUCAGAAGGUCCUGAUGCUUUCCAAAAUUAUACAUGCUUUAAGAUCUUGCGCUGCUACUUUGCUCAUGUAAAACUAACCACCUUCACUAUGGCUCUACUUUUAGUUUAUGAAAAUGGAUAUGAAAUACAUGAGAACUUCAGCAUAUAGCUGUAUAUAUUUUUAAGUGACCUGUAAAUAAAAUUGUUCUUUAUAUUUA